AUGGGGACCAUCAUCGACGCCGAACAGGCAAGGAAGCUGUCGCUCUUCCGACCCCUAGGAUACCAGCGUAACUCGUGUGGUUACUGUCACUCGGAGAACGGCAGUGCAUCCUACUAUGCUAGUUCGGUCUCGGUUCGUCCAGCCCAUUAUGAAGAACUGGUCAACCGUGGUUGGAGACGGUCUGGUCCGCUUUACUACAAGCAGAAUCCGCAGAGAUCAUGUUGUCCACACUACUCAAUAAGGCUUGAAGCCUCGGAUUUUAAGCCCAGGAAGGACCAGCGGAAGGCAAUCAACCGCUGGAACAAGUUCGUCCUGGGUCCCGAAUACAUUCGCAGGGCCGCUUACCUAUGCCCCAAAACACGGGAAGAGAAAAAGCGUCGGAAAUGCAACUUCGAUCUUUUCGACGCGGUGCAUGAGGCUGAAUACAGCAACGUGAAACGCCCAAUUGAUCCCAAGACCAAGAAACUCCUGGAGCCCGCGCAUCGGUUCGAAGUCAACAUAGAGGGCGAUUCCAUAUCGCAGGCCAAGUUCGAGCUCUUCCUCAAAUACCAGACGACAAUCCAUAAGGAGGAUGUCUCUAAAUGGCAGACCAAAGAUUUCAAACGCUUCCUUUGCUCGGGAAUGAAACGAUCCCCACCUAAUGCGCAGUCCCAAGAAAAAAAGCUUGGGUCAUGGCAUCAAUGCUACCGAUUGGAUGGAAAGCUUAUAGCUGUAGCCGUUCUGGACCUGAUGCCGAACGGUUUGAGCUCAGUUUACAUUUUCUACGAUCCGGAUUAUGAACAGUGGGAGUUCGGAAAGCUCAGUGCCCUGAGGGAAAUUGCCCUAACCAGCGAAGGUGGUUACCAGUAUUACUACAUGGGUUACUACAUCCACACAUGCCAAAAGAUGCGCUACAAGGGUUCUUUCCGGCCACAGUAUCUCCUUGACCCAGAAAGUCAUGCCUGGGAUCCCCUAGACAGCGAGCUCUCGAAAAAGCUGGACGAGCGCCCUUACGUAUCUCUUUCUCGUGAUCGAAAGCUGGCGCACCUGGAUGCGCCAGAGUCCGCCGGGAAUAAUCCCGUUGACGCCGAUGCGGAGAUCAAUGACGAAGAGGUGUCGCUAUUUGACUUACACAUGCCUGGCGUUUUGACUUUGGAGCAGGUGAAGGCUUUGGAUCUGGAUCAUUGGCUUUUGGUAGUUCAGGGGACAUUUGUGCAUAUGAUUGACCUCGUGGGAUGGGAGGGCAUGACGAUGAAUGAUCCCCAGUCUGUGAAAGGGAUCGUUGCUGAACUUGCUGCGGCGUUGGGCCCCGAGGUAUACAAGGAGAGUGCUGUAGUUCUAUUCGACUGA